AUGUCCGGGGGCGCGGGGCCGCGGCGGCCCGGGCCGCGGAGCCUCAGCUGCGCGUGGGAGCCGGACGGCGGCGCGGCGGGCGCGGCGGGCGCGGGGCCGGGCCCCGGGGCGCCGCGGCGCGCGCGCUCCCUGCCCGGCUCGCCCGAGCGGCGGCGGCGGCCCCCGGGCGCGGGCGCGGGCGCGGGCGCGGGCGGCGGGCGGGCGCCCCGCGUGCGCUUCGCCGACGCGCUGGGGCUGGAGCUGGCGCAGGUGCGCGAGUUCCGCGCCGGGGAGCGGCCGGCCGUGCCCGCGCACGUGCUGUCCCGCCUGGCCGCGCCGCCCGCCGCGCCCGCCUGGGCGCUGCGCUGCCUGGUGCCCGACUUCGCGCCGCCCGCCGACGCGCCGGGCUUCGGGGAGCGCGUGCGGCGCCAGCGCGUGUGCCUGGAGCGCGUGGCCUGCUCGGACCUGGGCGUGCGCGGCUCGGUGCGCGUCAGCAACGUGGCCUUCGAGAAGCAGGUGGCCGUGCGCUACACGCUGUCGGGCUGGCGCCGCGCGCACGAGGCGGCGGCGCGCUGGCGCGGGCCGGCGGGCGCGGCGGGCGCCGAGGACGUCUUCGCCUUCGCCUUCCCGGUGCCGCCCUUCGUGCUGGCGCGCGGCGCCCGCGUGCUCUUCGCGCUGCGCUACCGCGUGGCCGGCGCCGAGUACUGGGACAACAACGACGGGCGCGACUACAGCCUGACGGUGCGCGAGCAGCCGCUGCGCCUGCCGCCCGGGGAGUGCGAGGACAGCUGGAUCCACUUCGUCUGA